AUGGCAGCCAAGCAGGCCUCACCCCUCAGAUUGGCCUUUGAACCACAGAUGGCGCUGGCGCCGGAGGCGGCUGGUGGCGUGGAAGACAGGAAAAUUUGCCGCUUGAUCCUUCAAGCACGACAACCCCUUGCGCAGGAGGAGCGCUCCGACUUCUCCCGGGGCGGGAUUUUCGUGGCCGACCCACGGUCCUUGGAGGCAGAUCGGCAGGUCUCCCCUACGAAGCUCUCCAGGACAGUUCUGGGUGAAUGGAUGCGCUUCGCAGCCCCAGAGCUGCGACAGGCCACCAGAGCGGCAGCCAAGAGUGGAGCUGAGGCCUUCCAUCAGUCUUGGCGUGAAAUCGCUGGCAUUUGUUUGCGCCGACCUGAAGAAGGAGCAUUUGGCUGGAGUUCCACCUCUGCUGGUUGUACCCAAGUUCUGGGAGAAGAAGGUGGAGCUCAAGCCUGGCCUGGAGCGGGAAGGGCCAGCUGGAGCAACCGGGAUCGGUGCACCUGUGGCAGAUUUGGAAUUGACCGCCAGCCUUUUCUGCGAGGAGAAGACGAGCAAAUCCCGCGCAGAUCGCGUUUCGGAUGCUUCGGGCCUCAGUACCGGCUGGGAGGACCAUCUCCACCCGGAAGUGGAGCGAAUCAGCCGUUGACCAUGGUGGCUCCUUCCACGGCUUUCUCCGGGGAGGCUGGGCGCUAUGCCUGGUAUCGAGUCUCGUUCAUGGGAGGUGUGGAUUUGCGCCAUGGGCCCAGCGUCGAGGCGCCCAGAACGGGUGAGACCCUUUGCCAGAACGCCACCUUCGCCGCGGCGGAGGAGCUCAUGGGCGCCGAUGGGCGGAUCUAUCUCCGCUUGGCCGAUGGCCGUGGCUGGGCCUUCGACGAUUCCACCCUCUUCCCGUGCCCCGGAUCGAGCGGAUCGAGGGAGCGAGGCAAUGUGGGAUGUCGGACAUGCUGGAAGAACUGGGAUGGCAUCGGCUGGGAUGGCUUCACACAUUCGAGCAGCAACCUUGUCCUAGAUUCACAGCCUGUGGUCCUAGAUUCACAGCCUGUGGUACAUGAGCGGCCACGUUUUUUCAGCCAUGUGAGGGAAAACAAUAGAAAACAUAUUUGAAACAAAAUCUACACUUUCGCAGGUGGACAAAUCGGCUGCCGUGCGUUCACCCAGCCGCCCUGGCCUCUCCUUGUGGAAGUACAGUGGCUUCAGAGCAGAUGGCACAAUCCCC